AUCCUGUCACCGAACUGAUAGCAAUUGAAUUGAAGAAUGCAGGCUUCGAUCUCUCUUUCCGGUGCGUCCCAAUCGUCGCCCACCAUUACCAGAUCCGAACGCACAGUAGAGUUCAUCUGUAACAAUGCUCUCCAACCCAUGAAUCUUCGUUUCUGUGGUCUCAGAAGAGAGACCCUUAGAUUUAAUGCUUUGAAGUGGCCUGAUUCUCGUCCAGAUGCGUUGUCGGGACGAAGGUCCUCGAGAAAGUUAUCAGCUUCUUUGUCGAACAAUGGAGUUCCCUCCAAGGGAUUUGACUAAGAUUUAGUUAUUAUUGGUGCUGGCGUCGGCGGUCACGGAGCUGGUCUUCAUGCUGUCGAGAAGGGGCUGAAAACUGCAAUCAUUGAGGGAGAUGUGGUGGGAGGUACGUGUGUAAACAGAGGUUGUGUUCCUUCUAAAGCUCUUCUGGCUGUGAGUGGUCGGAUGCGCGAGUUUCAGAAUGAGCAUCACUUAAAGGCAUUUGGUUUGCAGGUUUCAUCUGCUCGGUAUGACAGACAAGGAGUUGCUGAUCAUGCAAAUAAUCUUGCUUCAAAAAUUCGUAAUAAUUUGACCAAUUCACUGAAAGCAAUUGGUGUGGAUAUAUUAACAGGUGUUGGCACAAUUUUGGGUCCACAAAAGGUGAAAUAUGGAAAAGUUGGCUUCUCUGACAAUGUCAUAACUGCAAAAGACAUAAUUAUUGCAACUGGUUCUGUUCCUUUUGUCCCCAAGGGUAUAGAAGUUGAUGGAAAAACUGUAAUUACCAGUGAUCAUGCACUGAAGCUGGAGUAUGUUCCUGAUUGGAUAGCAAUUGUAGGAAGUGGUUACAUUGGCCUUGAAUUCAGUGAUGUGUACACGGCACUUGGAAGUGAGGUUACUUUUAUUGAAGCACUGGAUCAGCUAAUGCCUGGCUUUGAUCCUGAGAUUGGAAAGUUAGCCCAGAGAGUUCUCAUAAAUCCUCGUAAAAUUGAUUACCAUACUGGUGUAUUUGCAACCAAGAUCACUCCAGCAAAGGAUGGAAAACCUGUCACUAUUGAGCUUAUUGAUGCAAAGACAAAGGAGCCAAAAGAUACUCUGGAGGUGGAUGCUGCACUUAUAGCAACUGGAAGGGCUCCAUUCACGAAAGGACUUGGCUUGGAGAACGUAAGUAUUAAUGUAGAAACACAACGUGGUUUUGUUCCUGUUGAUGAGCGCAUGAGAGUAAUUGACAAGAAUGGCAAUCUGGUUCCACAUGUAUACUGCAUUGGUGAUUCAAAUGGGAAAUUGAUGCUUGCUCAUGCCGCAAGCGCACAAGGGAUAUCUGUUGUUGAACAAGUGUGUGGGAAGGAUCAUGUGCUAAACCAUUUGAGCAUCCCAGCAGCCUGCUUCACUCAUCCUGAAAUUAGUAUGGUUGGCUUUACAGAGCCUCAAGCGAGGGAGAAAGGUGAAAAGGAAGGAUUUGAAGUAAGUGUUGCCAAGACAAGCUUUAAGGCUAACACAAAGGCCCUAGCAGAAAAUGAAAGAGAGGGGAUGGCUAAGUUGAUAUACAGGCCUGACAAUGGAGAGAUUUUGGGAGUUCAUAUUUUUGGGUUGCAUGCCGCAGACCUCAUCCAUGAAGCCUCCAAUGCAAUAGCAUUGGGCACACGCAUUCAGGACAUAAAGUUUGCUGUUCAUGCACAUCCAACCUUGUCAGAAGUGCUUGAUGAGCUCUUUAAAUCAGCUAAGGUUGUCUCUGUAAGCUGUACAUCUCAUAAUAGAUCAGCCCAACCGCCACACAAUGGAAUGCCUUGCACCUCUGUUCGGGAGAAGAAUCUGGCCCCAAUUUUGCGGAGUUUGUCAUUUGUAUUUGAGUACCUCUCUGGACUGAUUAAUUGGUUAUGCAGUUUUGUAAUCAAACUCUUACAUUGAGGCACACAGUAUAAGUGAGUCCAUUCUGUUAGUAAUUAAUGUCAAAAAAUAUUAGCCGCUUUUCUUUUCAUAUUGCAGAGGAAAAUUACGUCUAA